GUCACCUCAAAGCCUCACAAACCCCACCGGAUCACCGCCCCCACGCUCCCUCCUCCCUCCAACGUACAGCGAGCGAAGCAGUCAGCAGACGCCAUGACCUCCCACGACAUCGCCGCCGCCUCCAGCCCUUUCCACGUCUACCAGCAGCACCUACCGAUGACGAUGGCACCCGCCGCCGCCUCCGCCGACGCUGGCUUGGCUCCGGCGGCGAGCAAGAAGGCCGGUGGCAGCGUGAAGGACCGGCACAGCAAGGUGAACGGGCGCGGUCGGCGCGUGCGCAUGCCGAUCGUGUGCGCCGCGCGCGUGUUCCAGCUCACGCGCGAGCUGGGGCUCAAGUCCGACGGCCAGACCAUCGAGUGGCUGCUCCGGCAGGCGGAGCCCUCGAUCCUCGCCGCCACGGGGACCGGCACCACCCCCGCCGCCUUCGUGUCCUCCUCCGCGCCAUCCACCUCCUCAUCCUCCUCCUUCUCGUACCCGCACACCCUCCUCGGCAAGCGCCCGCGCGAGGAGGAGAACGACGCCUUCGGCGCGGGGGCUGCAACGUCGGCGUUCUGGGCGGCACUGCAGGCGCCGCCGCGGCAGGACACGUGGGGGUUCUCGCCGCUGGAUGCGCAGGCCGCGUACAUGCCGAUGGCGCAGGUCCACCACCACCACCUCAACCUUGUCGCCGCGCUCUCCGGCGCCGCUCGGCGCGCCGAGGAGUAGACCCGGUGAAUCAACAGUCCUGACGAGUGUUCUUGAUUAUCUUUCUGUUUUGGGGGUCUAGGAUCCUGGGUGUACUUCCCUGCCCGUCGAACUCGAAUUCUCGAUCGUCGUGUGUUCUUUCUUUCUGCAGUUUAAUCGGUGAAGAUUUGCGAUUUCA